GCUUUCUCUCUCUCUCUCUCUCUCUCUCUCUCUCUCUCUCUCUCUCUCUCUCUCUCUCCUUCCCUCCCUCCCUCUCUCUCUCUCUCUCUCUGGCCUCUUUCUCUGUCCCCCCACCCCUGCCCCUCCACACGUUCCCAGCCUGCCUCUUCCCUUCUUUUUCCUCCCUCUUUCUGUCCUUCUCUGUCCCUUUUAUUUCUUUGCCUCCGCUCCCUUCUCACACCCCCCAAAUAAACUUCAUUUUAUGCUAGACCCAUCAUAUGGAUGGUACCGAGCCUAUCUCUUGACUGCUUUAUGCCAAUGGAGAGUUUUGUUCUGCUUUCUAAUUGUGUCUAAAUGACCGUGGAAUUAAAACAUUAGAGCCGUGCCCUUGACUGAGAAUUGGAUAGACCUGAUUUUGAAGAAUGCCACUCUCUGAGCUUACUAGAGCCAACGCUAAACAGGCAAGUCGUUUUUCUGUCCAUUUAAUCAUUAUUGGGUCCCUGUGCCAGGGAAAGGAGAUAAACUAUUGACCUAGUCAGAAUGUGCGCCUCUUGUCUUUGUGAAACUAGCAACCUGUGGUAGAACUCAGACAAUAAACCAGACGCCAGUUAUACAGUUUUAUCUUUGAAUUAAUGCUAUGAGGAAAAAGAAUUGGGUGCUUGGACGCAAUGUAACAGAAAUAUUUUAGAUGGGCUGCCAUCUCUCCUUUGAGAAAGCAAGUCAUUGGGCUAAUCUCAGCUAGUCGAAGGCACUUACGUCACGGUCCUCCCAAGCUUGGUACCUUUGUCCCGCAGCUUCCUCCUCCUCUGCACCUCCCCUCCCAACCCCCGUUCGAGCCGGAGAUCCGCGCCGGCGCACUGACUGUUGCCAUGGGGACAGCUGCUUCGGCGCAUGCUCAGAUGCCUUCAAGAUGGCGGCUGCGGCUGCAGCACGAGCGGUUCCUGUGAGCUCUGGAUUCCGAGGCCUGCCACGAACACUGCCACUUGUAGUGAUUCUCGGGGCUACUGGCACUGGCAAGUCCACUCUGGCUCUUCAAUUAGGCCAGCGGCUCGGCGGCGAGAUCGUCAGCGCCGACUCCAUGCAGGAGCUCUCCAUACAGUGCAGGCUGGCUUUGAACUUGUGGUCCUCAGCUUCGGCCUCUCCAAUGGUCUAUGAAGGGCUAGACAUCAUCACCAAUAAGGUCUCUGCCCAGGAGCAGAAGAUGUGCCGGCACCACAUGAUCAGCUUUGUGGAUCCACUCGUGACCAGCUACACCGUGGUAGACUUUAGGAACAGAGCCACUGCCCUGAUUGAAGAUAUUUUUGCUCGAGACAAAAUUCCUAUUGUGGUGGGAGGAACCAAUUAUUACAUUGAGUCUCUGCUCUGGAAAGUUCUUGUGACUACCAAGCCCCAGGGGAUGGGCACUGGGAAAGCGGUUGAUCGGAAAGUAGAACUUGAAAAGGAAGAUGGUCAUGAACUCCAUAAACGGCUAAGCCAGGUGGAUCCAGAAAUGGCUGCCAAGCUACACCCACAUGACAAACGCAAAGUGGCCAGGAGCUUGCAAGUGUUUGAAGAAACAGGAGUCUCUCACAGUGAAUUCCUUCAUCGUCAACACGCAGAGGAAGGCGGUGGUCCUCUUGGAGGCCCUCUCAAGUUCCCUAACCCAUGCAUCCUCUGGCUUCAUGCUGACCAGGCAGUUCUAGAUGAGCGCCUGGAUAAGAGAGUGGACGACAUGCUUGCUGCCGGACUCUUGGAAGAGCUGAGAGAUUUUCACAGACGCUAUAAUCUUAAGAACGUUUCAGAAGAUAGCCAGGACUAUCAACAUGGUAUCUUCCAGUCAAUUGGCUUCAAGGAAUUUCACGAGUACCUGACCACUGAGGGGAAAUGCACACCAGAGACUAGUAACCAGCUUCUAAAGAAAGGGGUUGAGGCUCUGAAACAAGUAACUAAGAGAUAUGCCCGGAAACAGAACCGAUGGGUUAGAAACCGCUUUUUGAGCAGACCUGGUCCCAGUGUCCCCCCGGUAUAUGGCUUAGAAGUAUCUGAUGUUUCCAAGUGGGAGGAGUUUGUUCUGGAGCCUGCUCUCAGUAUAGUCCAGAGUUUCAUCCAGGGUAGCAAACCUACAGCCACUCCAGUGAAGAUACCAUACAGUGAAACUGAGAACAAGAGAAGUUACCACAUGUGUGACCUUUGUGACCGGAUCAUCAUUGGGGACCGGGAAUGGGCAGCACAUACAAAAUCCAAAUCUCACUUGCACCAAUUGAAGAAAAGAAGAAAGUUGGACUUGGACGCUGUCAGUGCCUUAGGAAGCCAAAGUAAUUCACCAGACAGUGAGCUGGAACGCAAAGAGGGGGAAUCCUCAGGACAGCGUGAUCAAGAGCUAAAGGCCAGUGUUUGAGAGACAUGCCCAGUGACCUUUGCAGAGAUGUGGGGAUCGAGCCCAGGAGGGAGGGGAGUGUCUCUCUUCCACGCCUGGACUGAGGAACGCUGGGCAGAAAGCCCCACCAUCUUCUUUCAUUCUCUGGCAUGAUCUGCACAGGAAACAGCAGGCCUUUCAGCUCCUCGUGUGCCUGUUGUGUCUGGUAAUGAUGUGGCUCAGGGUAGGAUUUUUUUUUUUUCUUUGAACCUUAAAGGUUUUAUUUUAGAAAGAGGCACAGAUUGCACAUUUUCUACUUGAGGAUCUUUUUUAGUGGUGAAUACCAAGAUUCAGUACAUCCUUUAAAGAGAGUUCUUGUCCCUGGCACUGGCUAAAAAUAGUCUCAUUUCCAGAUGCUUUUGUAGAUGACUGAAGUAUUGUAAGGCACAGUCAGGAGUUCUGGACAGGAGAACGGCAGGAAGGAGUGGCCCAGAGAGAUGAGUAAGCGAGCUGCCCCAGCUCUGAAUCUGCAGCAGAGGGGGUCAGGCCGAGGUGGCUGUGACCUGGAUCGUGAAGGCUAAUGAAAGAAUCUGUGUCCCUUGAGCUGCUCCUGUGCAUGGUGGCCGUCGUUGCUGGCCAUCUAGGGCAGACACAAUCAGAUUCCUUUGAAAUGUAAAUAAAGAUUUGUAAAAGCCCUGUA